AUGAAGUCUAUCGUGAGUGCCAGUGAGGCAGCAAAGGCCGGAAUUCCAUUAGGAGGGCUUGAAAACAGUCCUCAAAUUGAUUUUGCAUUUGAUGAUGUUGACAUGAUAGAGGAAAGGACACUAAUCUCUGUCAUCGGACGCAAGAGAUUGCAAGGUGAGGAGUCCAUAAUUCAAGAGAAGUUGGUGCUAAGCAUGGCUGAUCAGCUUGUAUUCAUGGUUACAGAAAAUCAGUAUAAAUGUGGUCUAGAGGGAUCUAUUCCAGUUGUAGUUGAACCACUGAAUUGGCUGGAAACUGCCGAAGAGAUUGAAGACCUAUAUUUAGGUGAUGCAGAGGUAUGGAGAAGACCAUCUAUGGGACAAGCAGAUUCGCUUGGAGGAGACUUUCCAUUAGUCACUAAAGAAGGUCAUAACAUUAUCGAUGUCAUCUUUACAUCUCCAAUAGUCAGUCUUGCUGAAGUUGCCGAAAGCCUUGAAAAUGUUGAUGGUGUCUUAGAACAUGGAGUCGUCUCUAAAUUCCCUUGCAAAGCAAUUGCUGCUUCUGAAAGUGGAUUGUCAAUUGUUGAUAACAUUACAACAAAUGCAGUCGGGGGAGUUUAACCAGAAGCGAUUCAAUUCGUUCCAUUGAAGCAUGUGCUCUUCUUCGGCAUAGCUCUUUAGAUAUGUAACCUUACAAACUGAAUAUUAGCAUGAAAUUGUUCUUUUUUUUUUACUGAGAGAAUCAUAUCAUUGAGGUUUACAUU